AGCUGCAGCAUUCCAUUUCUGAUUGCAGCAUCAGGCCAAGCAUGCAUGCAGAGGUCUGGGGAUCGCAGCUGCACCCAUGCAUCAGGCGCCGAACGGCGGACGGGUGGCCCCAGCUUCCUUGGCUGCAGCGGCAUCACCAGCAGAGAUAUGAGCACAGCUAGAGUUUGUCAUGAAACCAGGCUGUGACAGAGUCAUUCAUCGCCAAGCAGGCGCUUUGAGCAGAAAGGCAAGUCGUCGUCGUCGUCGUCGUCGUCCUUGUUUCCAAGUCCUGCAAAGCAAAAGGGGACGUGCGGGCGAGGAUGCUGGCUUAGGAGCGGUGCGUCAAGGAGCGCCGAUGCGCCAGGCCCGUCACGACCAAUGCCCCUUGCGCUCAGCCGCGUUCGAGACCCACAUCACUCAAUCAGUCAGUCAACGAAACUACACAUAUGCUGUCGCCGCUCAAAACAUAUUCUCACGAAUUAAAGCUCGCUUUUCGCCUCUGUGUGCCCUAUUCCGAAGCGCGAGCUCUGCUGAAUUCACGCUCAAAAUCUCAUCUUCGUGGGGCUCCUUGCUGCAUGACAAAGCCAGGAGUCAAAAUAAAACUUCGACCCAAAAGUUGGACCGUCUGAUGCUACAGAGGGCCGGCCUGAUGACCGAUCGGGCCAGCAGAUCAUACACUCGGCCAACUGGACGAUCAUUGUGCGAUUGUGAGCUGUUGCACACAUCUGUGAUAUGGUAGCACUUUCAGGUCUAGAUCCGGUGGACAAACACCCCAACUUGAGCUUCGUGGAGCUUUGUUUCAGCGGCUGUUCAGAUUCCGCUGUGAGCUGCCUACGAAAUUGGUUUGCUGGUGCAAAGGGAGCGCUCACCUUCAGGCACGCCGACCAACACCACGAUUUUACAGACAGGCGAGCGAGAUGUCCCCAGAGUGCAGGCCAAGCAGAGCAAAGGCACAUUUGAAUUCGCUUUGAAGGUCUGUCGUGCGUGCUCAUCGACUGUGUUACUACUGCUGCCUCACGCGCGCAAGAUGGACCUUGAUCUCUGCUUGAGCAUUCAAUCAUCCGCCUCGGCC